AGGAAGGAAGGAAAAGAUAGGAAGAGAAAGAAAAAGGUGAGGAGGAGAGAAGGAAGGGAAAGAGGAAAAAUGGAAGGAAGGAAGGAAAAGAUAGGAAGAAAGGAAAAGGUGAGAAGGAAGGAAAAGAUAGGAAGAGAAAGGAAAAGGUAGGAAGGAGGAAAAAAGGAAGGAAAGAAAAGAUAGAAAGGAGGAAAAAUGGAAGGAAGGAAGGAAGGAAAAGAUAGGAAUAGAAAGGAAAAGGUGAGGAGGAGAGAAGGAAGGAAGGGAAAGAGGAAAAAUGGAAGGAAGGAAGGAAAAGAUAGAAAGAGAAAGGAAAAGGUAGGAAGGAGGAAAAAAGGAAGGAAAGAAAAGAUAGAAAGGAGGAAAAAUGGAAGGAAGGAAGGAAGGAAAAGAUAGGAAGAGAAAGGAAAAGGAAGGGAGUUGAAGUCCGCCAGGCUUAAAAGUAGCCAAGGUUGGAGACCCCUAGCCUACCAUGAAGGGUGCCACCUGCCAAUCAGGGUUGCUAGUGAUUAACAGCAUGCUUUCAUUUUUAUUCAAACGUUAUCCCGGUUUGUCGUUCAUUUGGGUCGGUCUAACUUGGGCUUUGUCUCUCCUGUGGGAGCGCUUCCCCUUCAUCGCCGGCAGGGGGAGAGCGCGAGACCGCCGGCAACGCGCGGCUCUAUCCUCGUGUUAUAUUUCCGGCUUGAUGGCGGGGGUGGGAGGUUGACGCAGGAAGCGGAAGUCCCGCCGCCAUCCAUCGAGAGCCGCCGGGCGCUAGAGCGGCCAUGCGUUCGGUGAGCUACGUCCGCCGGGUGGCUCUCGACUUCGGCGGCAGCCUCUUCCCGCGCGCCGUCUCCCUGGGCGACGCCGACAACGACGCGCUGAACGAACUAGUGGUAGGAGACACCAGUGGAAAACUGUUUGUAUACAAGAAUGAUGAAAGUCAGCCCUGGAUUUUGCGUUCCUGUCAAGGAAUGCUCACCUGCGUUGGCGUGGGAGACAUCUGCAAUAAGAAGAAGAAUUUGGUUGUCGCGGUGAGUGCCGAAGGUUGGUUUCAUCUCUUUGACCUCACGUCUCCCUCAAAGCACAUGGAUGCGCUGGGCCACCACGAGCUGCUGAACCCAGAUGAUCCAAAGCUGACAUUUAAGCAGCACAUACCAGCCAACACCAAAGUUAUGCUGAUUGAUGAUAUUGAUGGCGAUGGAAAAAAUGAAUUGGUGAUAGGAUACACGGAUCGCGUAGUGCGAGCCUUUCGCUGGGAAGACUCUUCCGAGGGUUCCGAUAGCCUCUCUGGACAGCUGGUACUGCUGAAAAAAUGGCUGCUGGAAGGACAGGUGGAUAGCCUCUCAGUGAACCCAGACGCCGAUGGCUCUCCUCAGAUGAUGGUGUCCCAGCCAGGAUGUGGAUACGCGGUCUUGCUCUGCACUUGGAAGCAAGAAGAGCAGCGGCCUCCCACAGAGACAACGGACAGUUCUGCAUCUAGCAGGGAAGGCCCCGUCCGGGAUGUCAUUCUUCAUCAGACGUCGGGUAGAAUUCACAACAAAAACGUUUCCACUCAUCUGAUUGGAACCAUUGGCAGAGGUUCUUCAGGGGAGCCCAAAGGCCAGGGUCUGUUCGCGCUCUGCACUUUAGAUGGGACCCUGAAGCUCAUGGAGGGAGCAGACAAGCUGCUCUGGUCUGUACAAGUAGACCAUCAACUUUUUGCCCUGGAAAAACUGGACGUCACGGGAAACGGUUAUGAGGAGGUGAUUGCUUGCGCUUGGGAUGGACAGACGUACAUCAUCGAUCACAACCGGACAGUGGCCAGGUUCCAAGUGGAUGAAAACGUCAGCGCCUUCUGUGCCGGCUUUUAUUCUUGUAAAGGCGACUAUAACAGCCCUUGCCUGGUCUACGUCAGUUUCAACCAGAAAAUCUACAUCUAUUGGGACAUACAGUUAGAAAGGAUGGAAUCCACCAAUUUGCUGAAGACGCUCGAGAAUAAUUCAGAAUACAGAGAACUCCUGCUGCGGCUGGAUGUAGCUAAAGAUGACAUUUCGGCUGUCAAAGAUCUGGUCCACAAGACUUUAUACUUUCCCAAGAAAGCAGUUAAAUAGUCUCAGCAGGUUCUGUGUUCCAGUCCUGCCGGCGCAUAGUCAGGAACAAGCAACUGGCAAUGGAAGUUUAUGAGCCCUGGUGACGCAGUGCGGCAUUGCAGGCUGACGCUGCUCGCAGUUCGAUCCUGACUGGUUCAAGGUUGCCUCCACCUUCCAUGGUUGGUAAAAUGAGGACCCAACUGGUUGGAGGCAAGAGCCCGAUUCUGUAAACCGCUUAGAGAGGCCUGUAAAAGCCCUGUGAGUCGGUAUGCAAGUCAUCAGUGCUGUUGCUAAUAUAUCAUGCUCCCUCGUUCCUUAAAAGCCAAAAAGUGCAAGGUUUAAAACAUGUAAAUAUGUAUGUGUAUAUAUGUAAAUAUAUCAUUGGGGUAGAUCUCGUAUUAUUAUUUUCUUCUUCCCCCUUGGUGUUAGUUACCAGCUUUUAAGAAAAGCUUCAAUAAAGAAAAGUCUUGACAGAG